GCAAGGUCCGUCCCGUCCCGUCCCGUCCGCGCUGCCCGGGCCCCGCGGGGGCUGCCGGCUGGAGGGGCCCCGGGAGGCGCCGGUUUACACGUGCGGUUUAGAUCCUGUUCGCUGACCGUGUUUUCGAGGCGAGCCGGCUGCGAGGAGGUGCUGGGACGUGCCCGUCUGCCCGAGACUUCAAGCCUCACAAUGACACCAAGAGAGCCCCCGGAAGUAAUUUCUCCAGUGAAAAAUAUAGAGAAUCAAAGAAUCAAAGUUCUGCAAAAGUUGUUUGAACAGCUUCCAGAAGAAGAUCAAGAAUUUUUGGAACAUGGCUCAAUCUUCCUGGGACUAAGUGCAAGCGUAUGUGGCCUAAUAGUAAACAGGUCAUUCAGGAAAAUCCUAAAUAUCUCACGUGCUGGCAUACCAUCUACAUUGUUGAUGACUAUGAUCCCAUUAACCUCAACAUAUGCAACUUACAACAGUUUAGUUGUCCAGCCUUUACUGACAGGUGAUCUAAACUGUUCAUCCUGCGCUAUAGCCAGAGGAGGAUUAAUUGGGUCUGUUGUAGGUGCUCUGUGCCCCAUUACAUUGGCUAUAUUUCUAAAUGGAGGCCUGGCAGCCAGGUACACCACAGCUUUCUUGCCACAAAUGGGAAAUAUCUUGCGCUUCUGGAUCAGUACUUCUAGACCAGUCUUUAAAAAGAUGAGUCUUGUCCUGGCUCUACAAACCAUGGCUGGAGCUUACCUUGGAUCCCGCAGUCAUGGAACAUAUGUGAAAAUGUUGCAGCUACCUCAAACUAAAAAAUGGCCUUAAAGAUUAAAUGUGAUAACUAGACAGCCCUCUCAGCUGCUUUCUGGGAAAUACCAUAAUAAAAAUGAAACUGAUGGGGAAAGACAUUGAGUUGUAAGUAGAAAUGCAAGUCAAGAUUUGCAUUGAUGUGGUCUUUGAAUACAAAAUCCUCUAUUAUAACUUGC